ACCUUCACUUGCAAUUUCGUUGGAAUUUUUCUGGAAAAAUGGAAUCUGGCAAUGUAUCCUAAGAAUUUUUGUUUAGAGAAAAAUGUUUCUUAGCAUAUUUGGCAGCAGAUUAGGUUAAAAGCCUGUUUGCCAAACGCUGUCAUUUUGCAAAAACCUGUUUUGUUGUAAAUGGGAAGCGCUGUGGUUGGAGGGUUACACACGCUGAGAAGGUGUGAGCUUCAAGUCCCUCAGCCUCCAGGUGCUGAGUCCCCCGUGAGAACUGAACGCACGCAGGAUACAACGUAACAGAACACGCAAUAUUGAAGGAUGUUUGUUCCAAGAUCCCUGAAAGUCAAGCGGAAUGCUAACGAUGAUGGUAGAAGUUGUGCAGCCAAGAAAGUCAAACCAGAGGCAGAAGACCCCCAGCUGGGUGCAGAUGGGGAUGGUCCAGCCGAUGCCUCGGGUACCAAAGAAGCUGCACUAGCGGUGCAUCACGGCGCCCAGCCGUGCCCUCUCCCCGGGCCUGCCAGCCAGGUGCCUGAGGGGGGUCUGGCUGGACCCGAGCGGCGGGCACAGGACAGCGAUCUCCUCGAAGAGCCGGUGAAGUCCUUCUCCAAAAGCCAGCGCCAGGCCGAGCCCGGGGAGCCGGUGUGCGUGGUAUGCGGGCGGUACGGAGAGUACAUCUGCAAUGAGACGGAUGAAGACGUGUGUAGCCUGGAGUGUAAAGCGAAACACCUGCAGGUUAGGGGAGCGGAGGGGCAGUUAGCGCCGGGCGGUCCCCAGAAAGCGGGUUCUGAGCCAGUGGCUCCACGUCCUGCUUCGUACGUCUACACCGAGCACGCCUUCAUCUCGAACCUUCGGGAGGACCAGAUUGAAAACCUCAGACGGCAGCUGGGAAUCGUGGUUCAAGGGCCAGGCGUCCCCCGGCCCAUCAUUGACUUUGAGCAUUGCGGCUUCCCUGAGGCCUUAAACCUCAACCUGAAGACCUCGGGCUACGAGGUCCCCACCCCCAUCCAGAUGCAGAUGGUCCCCGUGGGGCUUCUGGGCCGAGACGUGCUGGCCAGCGCGGACACGGGCUCUGGGAAGACGGCCGCCUUCCUGCUUCCCGUCAUCGUGCGAUCUCUGUUUCAGAGCAAGAUGCCAUCCGCGCUUGUCCUCACGCCCACGCGGGAGCUGGCCAUCCAGAUAGAGCGCCAGGCCAAGGAACUGAUGAGCGGCCUGCCCCACAUGAGGACCGCGCUCCUGGUGGGGGGCCUGCCCGCCCCCCCGCAGCUCCAUCGCUUGCGCCAGCGCGUUCAGGUUAUCAUAGCAACUCCUGGGCGACUUCUGGAUAUAAUAAAGCGGAGCGCUGUAGAACUUGGCGGUAUAAAAAUUGUAGUAGUGGAUGAAGCUGAUACCAUGUUAAAGAUGGGCUUUCAACAGCAAGUGCUUGACAUUUUGGAAAACGUGCCUCAUGACUGUCAGACCCUUUUGGCUUCGGCCACGAUUCCGGCCAGCAUAGAGCAGCUCGCAAGCCAGCUUCUGCGCGACCCCGUGAGAAUCAUCGCCGGGGAGAAGAACCUGCCCUGCUCCAACGUGCGCCAGAUUGUGUUGUGGGUGGAAGAACCAGCCAAAAAGAAGAAACUGUUUGAAAUCUUGAAUGAUAAGAAACUCUUUAAGCCUCCAGUGUUAGUAUUCGUGGACUGCAAACUAGGAGCAGAUCUGUUGAGCGAGGCCGUUCAGAAAAUCACAGGUCUGAAAAGCACCUCUGUGCACUCGGAAAAGUCACAGCCGGAAAGGAAAAACAUACUGAAGGGUUUACUUGAAGGAGACUAUGAAGUCGUCGUGAGCACGGGGGUCCUAGGAAGAGGCCUGGACCUGGUCAGCGUCAAGCUGGUCGUCAAUUUCGACAUGCCUUCCAGCAUGGAUGAGUACGUGCAUCAGGUUGGAAGAGUGGGGAGAUUAGGUCAAAAUGGAACGGCGAUUACUUUCAUCAAUAACAACUCGAAAAGACUCUUCUGGGAUAUUGCAAAACGAGUGAAACCCACAGGGUCCCUUCUCCCCCCCCAGUUGUUAAAUUCCCCUUAUCUUCACGACCAGAAGAGAAAGGAACAGCAGAAGGAUAGACAGACGCAGAAUGAUCUGGUUACGGGGGCUAAUCUCAUGGACAUUAUUAGAAAACAUGAUAAAAGUAAUUCUCAAAAAUGAUUUGUUAUACCACGUUGAAUAAUUUUUAUUGCAUAUUGUCAGUGAAAUUUCUGUACAUUAUUCCUGUAUGGUUUGAUGAAUUUGACAUGCACAUGAAACAAAAAGUUAACAUGAUGUAAAAAGUUUUAAUAGACUAUCAAAUUUAUACAGCAAUAUUGUAUUUAUUUUCCUUUUUAAUUUUCAUAAAUUAAAAACAACAGAAAGUGAAUUACUAAAUGAAAUAAAAAUUUCUUCUCUGGAAAAAGUCCUUAUUUUUUUUCUUUUCAAUAAAUAUUCCUCAUAGCUAUCAUCAGAACCAGAGACCCACACAGCCCAACUCAGAUGGUGAUUCUUCUGUUUUAUAUCCACUGUGCUGCAUGCACGUUGGCACCUGGAUUAUUGUUGAAUCAGUGAAUAUUAGGAGAAAAGUAAAUGAUUAAAAAUGGAAGAAAUGGUCAGUGCUCCUUUUGAAAGAAAUGUUAAAUAUCUAUUUUCUCUCUCCGUUUUCCUUUUGGCUGGAUAAACGUAAAUUUAUUUUACAUC